AUGCCGCAGUGCAUGGCCUGGUCGAUCGAGGUUGUGUGUUCUGGUGCGGAUGAUGAUGGGCAGUGGCGGACGAGGAAAGCAACCACAGCAACUACCACAGAAACAAAGCUGGUUCCAUCGUUGGUGCCGGCCAUCCUAGACGCAUUCUCAGACCUCAAGUACGAACACGACGUUGAUGAUGUUGGUGGUGGUGUUGUCGAUGAUGCUGUGUAUCUGCGUGUGGCGCCGGCACGCCUGCGCCAGAUCUGCGAUCACGUGUUGGGCCAGCUUGGAUCGCACAGUCCAGAGUGCCUCCCAAUCGUCAUCAAGUUUCGCAUGCAGCAAGGUGGUGGCGGUACUGUUGAGGGCGGCGAGGAGUGGGAGAUGAUGCCACAGUGCGUGGCUGCGGCCAACUCAAGACGACCACGGCCCAGCCAAUCACCGCCCUCGACCUGCUUGUGCUGCUGCUGCUUCACCAAGCACCAGAACGCCCACUGCCGCGGCGCAGAGACCACCGUGAUCAAGCUUGCAAGCACGGGCCGGCUCACCGCCGCCAUGGCCGCUGCCACGUUUGCCAGACACACGCGCGCGUUCUUGAUGUGCUUCAAGUCGAUUGUGCACAUGAUCGACAUCCUGAACCGGCAGCAGGAGGCCGCGUGCCGCCACCUCGCCUCCACGGCCGGAGGUGGUUGGGGCGCUGGUGGCGCACAUUGGCACGGGGCAGGCACAGGAGGUGGACGCAGCCAUGCCCGUGCUGCUAUGUCGCUGGCCACAGGCCACCUGAAGUUGCUGCACCCGAUUGCGCUCAUGCUGAACGGCAUCCUGGACUGCCUGAGCAACCUGCACUUCAUCCACAUCCGGCAGCUCUUCCGUCGCACUGCCGCCGCAGGCCUCAGCAUUGAUGACGAGAACGAGGAUGAGCUGAAACGCACCGGCACCAUCGCCGCCGCCACCGUCACCCGCACCUUGUUCGCUCUUGCCAACGACGCAGACAUCUCCAUCGACCGCGACCAUCUCUCCUCACUGUUGCAGGCAUUGCACUUCAUCUAUGUCGACAACACCAACAACCAUCAAGAGCAAGCACAUCUGUCGGGAUGCGUGCACGGGGAUGGCGGACUCACCAUCGACCCACCGCCGCCACGGCCGCUUGGCUUCAGGUCGCUCGCCGACCCCGACGUACCCGACACGCACGUGGUCGUCAGCGAGAAGACGCUGCAGGCACCGUUCGAGACGAAGCUGCAGCUGCUGUCGGGGAUUGCCGCCGAGUUUGCGGGUACUGUGCACAGCAAGACCGACGUGGAGACAAGACUGCGGAAGCACGCUGCCGAAACGCGAACCUCUUCGUGUUCCUGA